AUGGAGGUGGAACUCGCCAUUAACACCUUUUUUGUCCUCUUCUGCACAUUCCUCCUCAUAUGGACCAUCCUUGGGAUCUCUCUAUUCUAUUCGGGUUUAACUCAAAGAAGAUCUUCUCUUACCCUUCUAGCGUCUUCCCUACUAUUCUACGCUUUGGUUUUGGUAGACUGGUACAUAUGGGGUUACUCUCUUUGCUAUAGUCCCUCUAAUAAUCGCUUCAUUGGAAGCUUGGACUAUGCUGUCUUAAGACACUUGAGUAACCCUAGCUACUACUUGUAUGCAACUUCCACACGAGGCGAUAUUGCUAGUGUUGUGCACUUUCUAUUCAAUGGCCAUAUCAAACUUACAUGUGUGGCUUUGACUUUUCCGGCCUGCGCUGCAGAGAGAGGUCGCUUGAUGCCAAUGCUAGUGUUUGUGCUACUAUGGUCUGCCAUCGUCUACAACCCAGUAGUGUUUUGGUUUUGGAACGAUAAUGGCUGGCUCGCGGUCCAGAACUCCAAGUAUCCUGUUCUUGACUUUGCAGGAGGAAAUUGUGUACAUAUUGUCAGCGGGUUCACUGCUUUGGCGUAUUCCUUCUACGUGGGCCCUCGUAAUCCCAAAACGCUAGAAGAUUAUAGGAGCUCUAAUAACAGCUUUGUUGUGCUUGGUCUGUUCUUUGUGCUUACGGGAUGGUGCGGCUUCAUCGCUGGCUGUGACUUCAACUUCUCCUACAAUGCCUUGUACAUCAUUACAGAAACUCUUCUCUGUGCGUGCACAGCCGGUAUGAUAUGGAUGGCCAUUGACUACUAUUUCUCUGCAAUUCCUUUGGGUGAUUGCGAAGAGAUUCAAGACAUCGAGCUCCAAAACAUGGGCGCAAGCAACUGCCUGCCUUACUCUCUGCGAGGCGAUGGCACCAACGCGACUCGCGAAAAAGCGACAAAAAUGCAACGGUCGAUCUCUGUUGUCUCAUUUUCAUCUGGUAUGAUGUGUGGUCUUGUUGUGUUCACUCCCGGAGGAGGAUACGUCAGCUCCGGCCUGACUAUUUGGAAAGCAAUAGUGUUUGGUGUAGUGGGCGGCGCUGCGGGAAACAUUGGCACAAGGCUAAAAUAUUUUCUACGUGUCGAUGAUGCUCUAGAUAUCUUCUCGGUACAUGGUGUCUGUGGUGUCGUCGGAUCACUAAUGGUUGGUAUAUUCGCCGACGAUGUUCUUGGUUCGAAGGGUGGUUGGGUAUCUGGAAAUUGGAUUCAAGUUCCAUAUCAAAUUCUUGGUGUUGUGGUGACUGCCGUCUAUGUCUUCUUGGUCAACUUGUGUCUACUUUUUAUUGUGGACCAUAUUCCGGGGCUCCACUUACGUAUCGACAAAGAGUACAAGAAAAGACUUCGUCACAAUUCGGAUCACAACAAUACUGACUCAGAACCUCGGUAUCCCACAAGAUCAGAAAAGGCUGAACUACAGGGAUCUGAUGCCUAUGACUUGAAUGGAGAAUUUUCAAUGGACUAUAUGGAAUUCAUUCGAGUCAUUAAUCCCGAUGACUACGCAACUGAGCCCCUGAUCUAUUAUGAUCAAGAGUAUCGCCACGAAAAUACUUUUGUCCAUCAAGAUGAACAUGAGGGUCUACGAAAGAGAGGUGUGCAAGAGCACAACUAA